GAACUGGCACCCGAGACCUACACGCGCACAGAAUGCCAGCGCUGUGGAAACGGGCGCUCUGGAGCGAGUAGGAGUCGCGCGCUGGAGACGGGAGGGAACGAGAGGCAGAUAGUCUUUCAAUUACCGCCAGUCAUCCAGGAUUACUGUCGCACACUCACAUACUAGCCAAUAACGCGGAGCAAGAGCAAGAGAAAGAGAAAGAGCCAGAGCAACACCAGAGCAAGUUUACCGGGUGACUCGGAGCAGGUAUGUGGUCAGUUCUGCUUGUCGGACCCUAAAAGCAAGAAUGCUGAGCUGAACGAGACUUCCACGCCGUUCUUGUGGCGGCUAGUGGCUCUUGUCCUUCUCCGAGUCUGGAGUACACGGAUUGAUCUUUUUUGGUGGCUGGGCGCUGAACACUGGCGUUGAGUGCUCGCUGGCGGUCAGUUCUCGGCUGGGUUUCCGUGGCUUGAGGCAACGCGGCUCCUCCAGACGAGUCGAAAAAGCCGCAGCCAGAAGCCCCGACCGCCACCAGAACAGAAUCCUGGUUGGGGUUACUGGCAGACCGCAGAGACAGUCGUCAGUUUUGGUUUCGGGAUACAUAUAGUGGUAAAGGAGCGUGAAAGACUCAUAACACUGUAGUCGGUGAAUGACAGCACGGCUGAACUGUCGUCAAGCUCCUGCUAUUUUGCCUGUUCCGUUUAAAACAUGUAACCUACGCUGGAGAACAAGCUGCUAGUCGUUGACUUGAGUUUUCAUAUUUUUUUUUAAAAGAGGUUAUUAUUUUAUCGUACUGAGGACUUCAGUGGAGUCGUGUGGCUCGUGGGAAGCCAGCGUCACCAGCCAGUCUCGGCGUCUUUACAGGUGCUGGAGGCUCGCGCUGAGCUGUCAAACCAGGUCCGAUCGCCAGGUGACACCGGGGCAUCAGAGUGCCCCCAUUUAACCCCUGUCUUUCAGGAAAUUGUUUUUAAUUUUUGCAAGUUCUACUGAUUGUAUAUGUCGCCAGUCAUAUGCAGCUGACGGAUGAGGUGGUCUACUUUAGUGUAGGUAGCCUUACCUGAUGCCAUUCAAAGGCGUGAAGCCUAUCCAGGUUUGUAACGUGGUGAUGAACGGCUCAAUGAUGUGCACAGACCUCCCCAAAUGUACCAGUGGCACUUGUAAAGCAACAGUUCGACUGCGUCCCGUCAAUCGGUCAACUUAGUGACAUAUAGCCCACACUCCGUGCACACACGUGUGAGAGUGUGCGUGUGAGCCCGUGCGUGUGGAUCUCGUCUGGUCUCAUCUAUCUGAAACACUUUCCUAUCAGCCACAAUGAUGAGCGGUGGACCCAACAUCGUGUACGAGUGGCUUCGGACCCUGCAGCUCGUGCAGUACACGGAGGCGUUCAUGGAUAACGGCUACGAUGACCUGGAGGUGUGCAAACAAAUUGGGGAGCCUGAUCUAGACGCGAUUGGCGUUUUCGUCCCACACCACCGCCAGCGCAUUUACGACGCAGUGCAGCGGCUCCGGGACGAAGACAAGGAGACAGCCAGCGGGCUAUACUUCACACUCGAGCCACUGCCACCGUCGGCUUCCGAAAUCUACACGAGUCGGCUGGCGGAGCAGUACGAGAGCCGCCUCCGGGGCUCCAAGUCAUGGACCGAACCGAGUAACGAGCGGGGCUUCGUGAUGGGGAUGGGAGUGCCAAGGAACCGUACUCUUGGGAAUCGUAGGGAGCUGGCAGUCUACCCGAAGCUCAAGUUGAAGAUCAUGAUCCGAGAUAAGCUCAUCCGCGAUGGAAUUAACCUGGCGAGGCCGCCCUACUCCAACAAGGAUGGCUCCUUGGGUAAUAUAGAUGACUUGGCUCAGGAGUACUCUGAAUAUUACAAUACAUGCUUCAGCGACGUGACUGAACGCUUGGAGGAGCUACGCAAACGCAGAGUCUCUCAGGAGCUGGAUAUGGACAAGGCAGACCCCAGCCCAACCUCUCUCCAGCUGCGCUCUGAAAUACAGGAGUCCCUGGGUUUCAGCAGUGAAGUCUCCACACCUGAAACUGAAAGAAAGGUACCACUUCACAGGUCCAGUUCAGAAGAUGGCUGUGGAGGGAAAUGGGAUGGAAAGAAGAAAAAUAAAUCCUUCUGGCAAAACUUCCGGAAGUCUCCGAAAACAGUCUCAAGACAGACUUCCAAAGGAGAGGACAUCGGCUAUGUUGCCAGUGAGAUCACCAUGAGUGACGAAGAGCGCAUUCAGCUGAUGAUGAUGGUGAAGGAGAGGAUGAUCACUGUGGAGGAGGCUCUCGCACGGCUGAAGGAGUUUGAGCGCGUCAGCAGACUCAGCCAGAGUGAGUCCGACUGGACUGAAGCUUCCAGCACCACCGUCAACUCUCGUGAGCACUCUGACGACGAACAGGAGGACUCACUGAAGUUCAAGCGGCUGCACAAGCUGGUCAACUCCACGCGCCGCGUCAGAAAGAAACUCAUCAAGGUGGACGACAGCAAGCGGCACGCCUCCGACGACUCUCUGAGCCUGGAGGCAUCGCCGUCGUGUGAGGACCCCUCGGCGCUGUACGCGGGUGUCCACAAGAGGCCUCCGGUCCUGGACGGGGACUCGUCCCUGUCGUCCCUGACCCAGGAGCAGCUGUCUCUGGACGGGGACUCCGACAGCCUGGCCACCUCACAGUCCUCCAGCAGCCUGGACCACUGGGGCUCCGGCGCAGGACGCAAGCUGGUCAAGACCUACAGCGGCGGGCCUGGGAGCACGGCGGGCCGACCGCACCCCAACGCCGCACACCCCCACGGGCUCAUCCGGCCCCCACGCAAGCACAGCGAGGGAGGAGGGGGGAGCUCUUCGUCCUUCUCAGAGCUGGAGGGGAACGCGUCAGCGGACGGAGACCAGCAGCAGCACGCCGCUAGCGUCUCCCGCUCAGCGACAGAGGGCGAGAUGAAGCGCGCACUGAGCGCGCUCACGGCGCACGGGAGGACAUGUAGUUUUGGAGGAUUCGACCUGUCCAACAGAGCUCUGCACGUGGUUAGCACUGCCAGCGAAUCAAGCACUAAGGAUGAGGCGCUGUAUCGGGAGGUCAUCAAGUCCCCAAGCACGUCUCGGAUCUCCCUGGGGAAGAAGGUGAAGUCUGUGAAGGAGACCAUGAGGAAACGCAUCUCCAAGAAGUACAGCAGCUCUUUGUCUGAACAGUCAAGUCCUGAUGGGACCCCAGUCUCUCCCCAGUCUCCCCAGCAGGAGUGUGAGCCUCUGGAGAAGCCCAAACUCAAGGCAGGGGGGUCCGUGGAGUCCCUCCGCAGCUCCCUCAGUGGACAGAGCUCCAUGAGUGGCCAAACGGUCAGCACCACAGACUCUUCAGCGUCAAACAGAGAGAGUGUGAAGAGUGAGGAAGGCGAGGACGAGGAGCCUCCGUAUCGAGGGCCCUUCUGUGGACGAGCGCGUGUUCACACAGACUUCACACCCAGCCCCUACGACUCAGACUCACUCAAGCUGAAGCGGGGUGAUGUGAUCGACAUCAUCAGUAAGCCGCCCAUGGGCACGUGGAUGGGGCUGCUGAACAACAAGGUGGGCACCUUCAAGUUCAUCUACGUGGACGUGCUGAGCGACGAGGAGGAGAAGCCCAAGCGCUCCAUCAAGAGGAGGAGCAGGAGGAAGAGCAGGCCUCCCAAACCAGCGUCUGUCCAGGAGCUGCUGGAGAGGAUCAACCUCAAGGAGCUCAUGCCUACGUUCCUAUUUAAUGGCUAUGAGGAUCUGGACACGUUUAAGCUCUUGGAGGAAGAGGACUUGGAUGAGCUCAACAUCAAGGACCCCCAACACAGAGCUGUACUGCUCACUGCUGUGGAGCUGCUGCAAGAGUACGACAGCAGCAGUGACGUGGAGCGCAGCACCCUCUCCGGCUCUCAGGAGAAGCUCCUGUGUGAGGGGCGUGGCCUGGAGGGCGACUCCCCCCGCGACUCUGGUUGCUACGAGAGCAACGAAAACCUGGUUAACGGAAAGAACCGGAAGGCGUCACGCUCACGGAACUCCGGUGCGGAGCUGGGUGCCAACUAUCCCACGCUGCCCCUGACCCGCUCCACCGAGGCCCUGCAGCAGGAGCGUGCCCGCAAGCACCCCGCCAAGCACUUCCUGUUCCACCCACCAAUCAAAGCCCUGCGGGGCCUGGGGCGGGGCAUGCGGGAUGCCCGGCGCUGUGGGGUCAUGAUGCCCACCAGCCGCAGCUGCGAGAUGCUGGACGGGCCCUUGGAGGCCCCCGACGGGCCCCGCAAGCGAUCCCAGUCUCUGGGGGACCUGCUGUGGGAGCAGGGCUUCGACCAGCAGCAGAAGCCUCAAAGGGGAGCCCCUCCUCAGGAGCCAGGGGCCCAUGAGGGUCCGAAAAAUUGGAAGGAGGAAAGAGGGGGGAUGCCCGGGGCACCAGCUGUGCCCGCUCUCCCACCCAGGCCUGCCGCCACCACCACUGCCACGUCUCCCAGCUCCCCUCUAGUAUCCCAGAAUACAUUGUCUCCAUUCCGCAAGAGUCCUCCAGUAUCCCACGAUGCAUCUUUCACCUCCCCUUUCAGCUCCCCUCCCACCUCCCCUCCGCUGCGGACUCUGCCCAAGAAGGCACCGGUGCCCCCACCAGUGCCUGUCAAAAAGUCCAGGGAGCGCCUGCCCAACGGCCUACGCCCGCCUCCCCCCGCCCACCUCCUGCCCGCCCUGCCAGUCAAAACCUGCCCCAGCCCUCUUGAGAGUACCACUGUCACCCCCACCCCCAUCUCCCCAACCCUCUCUCCAGAGGAGCUGGAGUCAGGCACCCCGCCGUCCGUACCCCCUCCCUGGCUGUCGGACUUGCCCGAGUCUGCUUGCCCGCAGAUCCACGGCUCCAGGCCAAUGGUGGCACUGAGGAGGGUCUCUAAGCUGGCAGACCUGGAGACACUGCUGGAGGAGAGGCUGGCAGUGGAGGGCAUCGACCUCACCGAGGAACCCUACUCUGAUAAGCAUGGGAGGUGUGGUGUGCCAGUGUUACUGGUGCAGAGGUACAGUGAGGAGCUGCAGCGCCCCCCGCAGGCAGUGUCCUCCACGCUGGAUGUCAUCCGCGUCAAACAGCUGCGCAAGGAGCACCGCAUGGCCAUCCCGUCAGGCGGGCAAACUGAUGCCUGCCGCAAGCCCGCCUCACCAUACCGCUCCGUCUCCGUCUCCGAUUGGCUGGUGUCCAUCGGCCUGCCCAUGUACGCCACGCCUCUGGCCUCAGCGGGCUGUGAUUCGCUGGUGGGGGUGCGCGCCCUCACGGAGGAGCGACUGCGCCAGGCCGGUGUGCGACAGGACGGCCACCUGCACUGGCUCCUACACGAGGCCCGUCUGCUCUCCUCGUAGCCUGCAUCUGCGCCUGCGCCUCUGACUGCGCGUCUGCGUCUGCACAGGCCCACGUAGGUCAAGUCCAGACAAGGGCAAAGAAAUGGCAUCUCUCCUCUCUGUGUUCUCCUCCUGGCUCCUGCACAAGCUACUCCUCACUGCCCGUGUCUGCACUACUGCAUCUACAUCUGCGCCUGCGCCUGUACAGCCCUGGGUAGCGCAGCGCAGCGCAGCGCAGCGCAGCAUAACCCCAGACUCGGGGUGGAAGGAAUGGGGACCUCCUCCCUCUCUUCAUCUGCCUUGUUAUCAUCAGUUAUCCCAAGACAAGCUAGCAACCUCCUGUUUCCCAUCCUCACUAUGCUGGCUCCUUCCAUUGGCCCGUCUGGGUCCAGACACACACAGUGGCGGUGACAGACACCAUAUAUGCCGUGGGUGAUCGAUCAGAGCCAGUGCAUCUCUCAGAGUUCAUUGACCUGCCUUCUUUACCACAUGUCGUGCUAUACAUACAUCUCUGCAGUCGAGGCGCACUAAGGCCCUAACAGAAAGCACAAGCAGACCAAAAGGUGCCUCUGUCAGUGUUUCUUUCUCUUCGUUUGUGCUCAGAGUACAUGGUAAUUACCUUUUUUCUUCUCUCUUUCUUUCUCUCCCCACUCAUCUAUCAUCUGAUUGCCCAGGACAGAUCUCUCUGGCCUUGACCUUUGACCCUGAAACACUGCCUUUGAGUGAGCAGCACAUCUUCUGUCAUUGCAUGGGGUCGUAUGGAGCCACACACUGCUGUCGCUAAGCACAGAAGCUUUAAAAAAAAAACUGAAACACUCUUUUGUCUCAUAGCGGGGGUUAGCCGGGCUUCAGAGCUCAGCUAGUGGCGCAAGAUGGCCGGGUCUGGGUAAGAUCCUUUUUGGACCCUGCGGUGACGUUGGGGAAGAGAUAGACACUGGCACAUGUUAUCACUGUGGGUUCCCUCCUUGGCGAACUGUGGAACUCAAAACACUCUGCCAUCAACUGUUUGUGUGUGUGUUUUUGGUGUGUGUGUGUGUGUGUGUGUGUGUGUGUGUGUGUGUGGUGGUGGCCAGCACAUGGCUGCCCAAUAAGACAACAUUAUUCUUAUAUCAGCAUUCAAUAGCAUUGUGUUUAUUUAAAGGAAAUAGUGUUAUAUGCCUUUAUUUCAGGGUCUUGUAUAAGAUGUGUGUGUGUGUCUGUGUGUGUAUGCGUGCGUGCGUGCGUGCGUGUGUGUGUGUGUGUGUGUGUGUGUGUGUGUGUGUGUGUGUGUGUGUGUGCGCAUGUGUGUGUGUGUUAGAGAGCUUGGGGUUGACAUAUAGCCAUUUCAUAAGCUUCUACCUGUUGUCUGGAAGUGCCAAAAUGUGCAGCUUUUUUGAGGUUAUAAUCUAAUCUGAACUAAUCAAAGAUAAUCAAAUAUUAUUUCAUCUAAUCUACUCUAACACUUUCCUGUGUCUAACAGCUCAACACUUCCACUCUCUGGUCAGAUGCUAGUUUCUCCACUGCAACAGUAUGCUUUCCUAUAGCUUCCUCCAUAUAUACAGCAAGAUGUGCAUUUAUAUAGUAUAACCACACUCAGUCACACACAUCGACAGUUAUAUUAUUAGGGUUCCCAGGGAUACGAUGGAUGUCUGUUAGCACAGAGGCUUGCAUUAUCAUUGUUGUUAUUGGUUUGUGUGGUGUGUGUGUGUGUGUGUGUGUGUGUGUGUGUGUGUGUUUACUUGUGCGUGUUGAAUUCUGCUUAGACUCCAGUGAAAAGCUAUGCUAUGUUCACUAACAUGAAAUGUAAGGAGGCAACACCCUUUAGAUUCACCACCUUCUAAGACAAAAAAAAACAAAACUUCAGAUUAGGAAUUCCCAUUUGCCAGGGUUUUCUAGACCCUUGAGAUAUAAUGAUGCUUGUAUCGCAAAUUGAGUGUGUAGAAAGAAGUAAUUAGGAGAGCACGACACUCUCACAACACAAUCUAGUCCACAGUUCUGACUAAGAGGAUGAGAAGCUUGAGGUAACUGUCAGAAUGUAGGCAAGGCAAAAGAGUGCUCUCGUUGCCAUGGACACACAGGAAGUCAGUCGAUGCAGGGAGGGAUCGGGUCAGAUCAGGGUCAUGACUGACUGACCGCUGCCAGGAGUUCAUUCAGUGUUUCAAGUCUACAAGCGGAAUGAACAGCUUAAGCACAGAAGUCUUGCCCUAGUGCACAAUCCUGUGUGAUGGAUGAUUGACAGCCAAGUGACCAUUAGCUUCUAAAGACUCAGACAUCGAUGUGUUUACAGAGUUAUGGACCACAGCACACAAACAGACAUCUGUGUCCAUAAUCUAAUGCACACAGUUUUACAAAACAAAAAAUGCUGGGUGGUGUGUGUGUGUGUGUGUGUGUGUACACGCAAGAAUGAAGAGGGGGACUCUCAAUCUAGUCUCCUUUCAUUGAUCAAUCAAAUAUCAGAACAUGAUAGUUGUAAAAAAAAAAAAAAAACAUACUGUUACUGUAAAAUGCACUUUAGCAAUGACAUUUUUUUAUUGUUUUAUAUAUAAAUAAAAUGCGCAAUUGGCAUGAGAAUUUGCAGCCCUUUGACAAGCUUUUCAUUCUACGUCAGUUAAAGAAAAGAGAAGCUUCCAUAGUCAAACUGUCCCUCAACCUCACAGAAAAGGAUGUAAUUUCCUAGUGCCAAGCCCCGGAUGUACAAAUUUGUAAUUUUGUCAUUAAUUAACAUUUUCCUCAUUAAUUACUUUCAUAAAUAUUUUGUCUCAUUCCCCAUUUCUAAAGCCUAAUUACAUAUAUGAAAUAAUUAACAUAUGUUGCACAUUCUGUGUAUGUGAUUGAUAUUUAAAUAACUUAUUUGCUUUUCAUAUGAAUUGUAAUUAGUAGUUGUAUUAUACCUAAAAAACAGCAAUACCAUUUUUUUUGUUGCAUAUUGCAGGUGUGAAACUACAGUAUCUGCGUACAAUACCUGUGUAAAUAUCAUUUUAUCUGCAUUCAACUUCAUGACUGUCUCUCAAGUUUUUUUUUUUUUUUUUUGCUUGUGUAUUGAAACAAACAACAAAAAUGUUCUAAAAAGUAAUUGUCACUGACUAUAAUAAAUCUUUUUCUCUGCUCCGCUGCCUACUGUUCAUAUCUUGAGAUCUUAUGAGUGCGAGAGAGAGUGAGAGAGAGCGAGAGAGAGAGAGAUAAACCAAUAAAGACCUAUUUUGUGAAGAAUGCUAAUACCAAUAUGCAGGGGCGGUUUUGGGCAUGGGCGAAGCGGGCAGCGGAGCGGUUUUCUAUUAUCUAUCAUUAGCCUGGGUACCAGACGAACUUAGCCCCGCCCACAACAUUUGAGGUCUGGAAGUUCGGUCUGGCAUUGCUCCUUU